AUGCCCAAUGGGAGCCUCGACAGGUACCUCUAUAACCAACCAACGGUCACCCUAAAUUGGGGGCAAAGAUUUAAGGUGAUCAAAGGAGUGGCAUCUGGACUGCUUUAUCUGCACGAAGGCUGGGAGCAAGUAGUGAUCCACAGGGAUAUAAAGGCGAGUAACGUCUUGCUAGAUGCUGACCUAAAUGGAAGACUUGGAGAUUUUGGGCUUGCGAGACUAUAUGACCACGGAGCCGACCCUCAAACGACUCACGUCGCAGAAACGCUUGGUUAUCUCGCCCCCGAACACACGCGAACCGGCAAAGCCACUAAGAGCACAGACGUGUUUGCAUUCGGAGUGUUUUUGCUUGAGGUCGCCUGCGGGAGAAGGCCGAUCCAGAAUGGAGAUGCGGAGGACACGAUAUUGGUGGACUGGGUAUUUUCUUUCUGGGACGGAGGUGCCAUUCUCGAGGCCAGAGAUCCGAAGUUGGGGACGGAGUUUGUGGAAGAAGAAAUGGAGUUGGUUCUGAAACUCGGGUUGAUGUGUUCCCACGCUGAGCCGCUGAUGAGGCCUAGCAUCCGUCAAGUUUUGCAUUACUUGGAGGGCGAUAUUCCAACGCCGGAGUUGUCAUCCAUCAGCGGCAGGUUAACAGUCGGUCAUCACGGAGGUUUUGAUGAUUUGGCUAAGUCUCCGUCCUCCAUGGAAGAGGCAUUUCAGCAAUCAUAUUCUGCUGCAGAAUCGCUUCUCUCAGGUGGGCGAUGA